CCAGCCGGCCCGUCCGCCCGCCCCCCUCCCCGAUCCCUCGGGUCCCGGGAUGGGGGCGCGGUGAGGCAGACACAGCCCCCCGCCCCCAUGGCCGCCCGUCGGAGCCCGAGGUGGAGGGGGCGCCGGGGGGCGCCGGACACCGCCCUGCUGGCCCAGCUCGCGCUGGGCCUGGGCCUGGCGCUGGCCUGCCUCGGCCUCCUGCUGGCCGCCGUCGGCCUGGGGAGCCAGGCGGCGCCGUCCGCCCAGGAGCCUUCCCACAGGGAGUUGAUGGUAGAGGAGGAAGAGGACCCGCCGGAACUGAAUUCCCAGGCAGAGGAAAGCCGGGGCCCCGUGCCUUUCCUGAACGGACUAGCUCGGCCUCGGCCUCGCAGAAAUGGUGAGCCUAAAGGCCAGAAAACCCGGGCUCGCAGAGUGAUUGCAGCCCACUAUGAAGUUCACCCACGGCCAGGGCAGGACGGAGCACAGGCAGGUGUGGACGGGACGGUGAGUGGCUGGGAGGAGGCCAAAAUCAACAGCUCCAACCCGCUGCGCUAUGACCGGCAGCGUGGGGAAUUCAGAGUCACUCGGGCUGGGCUCUACUACCUGUACUGUCAGGUGCACUUUGAUGAAGGAAAGGCUGUCUACCUGAAGCUGGACUUGCUGGUUGAUGAGGCCCUGGCCCUGCGCUGCCUGGAGGAGUUCUCCGCCACCGCGGCCAGCUCCCUUGGGCCCCAGCUGCGCCUCUGCCAGGUGUCUGGGCUGUUGCCCCUGCGGCCAGGGUCCUCUCUUCGGAUCCGCACCCUCCCCAGGGCCCAUCUCAAGGCUGCCCCUUUCCUCACCUACUUCGGACUCUUCCAAAGCCACGGCUGUCAGCAGUAUCCCCAGCUCAUGCUGGCCUCGUCUCCUUCCUCAGUAGCCCCCCGGGGCGACACGGGCGGCCCAGCUCGAGACCCGGCACUCUCAGUUGCCCUCUGGUUGAGUUGGGGGGCAGCUCUGGGGGCUGUGGCUUGCGCCAUGGCUCUAAUGAUGCAACAAGCAGAGCUGCAAACCCUAAGGAGAGAGGUGAGCCGGCUGCAGAGGACCGGAGGACCCUCCCGGAAGGGGGAUGGGCAGGCCUGGCAGAGCCUCUGGGAGCAGAGCCCUGAGGUCCUGGAAGCCUGGGAGAAUGGGGAGCAAUCUCGGAGGAGGAGAGCAGUGCUCACCCCAAAACAGAGGAAGAAGCACUCAGUCCUGCACCUUGUUCCCGUUAACAUCACCUCCAAGGAGGACUCUGAUGUGACAGAGGUGAUGUGGCAACCAGCUCUCAGGCGUGGUAGAGGCCUGGAGGCCCGCGGAUAUGUGGUCCGAGUCUGGGAGGCUGGAAUUUAUCUGCUCUAUAGCCAGGUCCUGUUCCACGAUGUGACUUUCACCAUGGGUCAGGUGGUAUCUCGGGAGGGCCAGGGAAGGGAGGAGACUCUAUUCCGAUGUGUACGAAGUAUGCCCUCCAACCCUGCCCGGGCCUACAAUAGCUGCUACAGUGCAGGUGUCUUCCAUUUAUACCAAGGGGAUAUUCUGAGUGUCAUAAUCCCCCGGGCAAGGGCCAAACUUAGCCUCUCUCCACAUGGCACCUUCCUGGGGCUUGUGAAACUAUGAUUGUGUUAUGAAAGGUGGGUCUGAGCUUGGAAGACCAGGGUGGGUAUAUGCUGGAGAUAACCAAGAGCUGACCAGAGGACUGGGAAUGAGCAGGAACAGAGGCCUUUUCCUGACUGUGACUUCAUGACUCUCCGGUCCUCCCUUUUCCUUCCUUCCCCACUCCCAGGCCUAUGAUUUCUUGGAUAUUAAAGAGCUAGAAGAUCUUGCUUUUAUGCCCCGUCCAGGGGGGAAAGGGGUCAAUCAUUGUCCUGACCUGCUAUGGGUCUCACUGGAUGCUUCCGGAACGGCACCACCAUCUAGCGGCAGUUUGAGGGAAUCAUCCUGCCUGUUGGUAGAGGUCCACGAAGCCUCUCUCCCAACACUUAGGAAAGCCCCUGGUGCCCUAUGCCACACCCCUUUCGAGGUAUCCUGCCUCUUCGGACCGUAAGAAGCCUCGUCCUUACACUACCGGCUACUACGUUCCAUACACUUUCUCCUCUCCAUCUACUGAGCAUCAGUUUCCAUCCCUAUCUCCAGAGGUGCAUGUCUUAUGCACUCCUUUGCUGGGGGUACCCGAUGACGGUCCCUUCGCAGCCACAUUACUUUUCGGGUCCCAAAUUUUAGCUUUCAUGCUCUCCACUCCCUUGGCGUGACAGGCCACUCCAAGCCCCUUUGGCCUAGGGUGGGUCCCUGGGGAGCCCUGGAUGGAUCGCACGGCCGGGUGCUGGUCUUGCCUUACUCCUCGGAGCGGUUCUUUCUCCUCAAGCCUUGCUCAAAGUUAAAUAAAAGAGAAUGAAUGAUAGAUACCCCGGAUUCAUUUCCCCCACUGCCUCGCCUCAGUCCUAUUCCUGUACCGGCAUUUCCCUGUCCUCCCAACUUUCCUCUCGCGCGCCCUACUGGACGAAGGUAUUGAGGGCCCCCAGGAUCAGAACCCCACCAGCGCAGACAAACUAGGGGUAAGUAGCGGGUCGUGAGGCGGUUUCUGGCACGCAGACGCAAAAGGGGGCGUGGGGAGCGGGUGCAGGCCGCCCAAGUCAGCGGUUGUGCGCAGGCGCAACCCUGGCUCGAGGCUCGGGAGCAGGACGGUCCCUUGGCGUCUGCAUCCUUGGUAGGCGGGACUAGACGCGUGGUGCUCGCGCCGGCGCCGUUCGCCGGGUGUGACGUAUUAAUCGUGCGCCGCCACCGCCGGUGGGCCUGGGGCUCGCGGGAGGGGAAGGAGGAGGAGGAGGAGGGGGAGGCAUUGGCGGUGGAGGCUGAAGCAGAGCAGGAGGCGGCCGCGGCGGGGCGGCUGGGCUGCGCGGCGCGCGGCCAAGGAUCGUUGGAAUCCUGAAUUGAGGCAGCUGCGCCUGAAGACAGUAGGAGUGGCGGGAGCGCCACCGUCACCGGAGAGAUGAGCCGGGAAGCCUGAGGCCGGAGACGCCCGCCCUCCGGCCAUACCCCCCGGCUU